AUGGCGGCGUAUGCAUCCUCGUCCUCCUUAUCCUCCCACACCACUUCCACCUCGGCCAACGCUCGAAGCAGUUGGACCGAUCCACGAGACUUGACACCAGGUCCAGGCUCCGGCGCGGGAAAGGUCUACCCUCAUAUCAGGGACAUAAUCCAAGAUGCCACAACUUCCUUCCAGGCGGACGGCUCGCUUCCACAGUACCUGACCGAAGUCGAACAUUCUAUCACCGUGGCAAAAAGCUCGGUUGACUUUGGCCGCCACGAUCUGGCUUACAAGAGUUAUAUGCGGGGGUAUGAGAUAGCCGUUAACCACAUCCCAAAGCACAAGGAGUUCGGAUUUUGGGACAAUAGUCCACCUUGGAGAGCAAAGUACAAGGCCGCUCUCCAGAAACUGGUGGACAUGGAGGCAGAGAUGACCCGGAUUAAAGCCCUGAUCGAGGAUAACAACGCCCGCUAUGGAACCCAACCUCAAUCUCGCGCAAUGCCCAGAAAACUAGUCUACUCUUCGGGCUUUGGAAUCCCUCAAAAUCUGGUUCCUGGCCGGCCUACCUCUUCAGGUAGCAACGAUGCUACUCCACGUGCGACCUCGCCGAAUUCAUUUGCGGACUUACCUGACUCCCUUCGAAUCCCUCGGGCACGUCCGUCAAGCAAACCAAAACCCGAGAAUUUGCAAGGCCGACCUUUAACGGAAGCCAGUAACGACCUGGCUCAAAGAUUUGCGAAGCUCAGAGGGCUGGGAAAUGCCUCCGAACACUCAAACUUAUUAUUCAUGCCCAAAGCAGGUGAUUUUCAGCACGGAGCAGGAUAUAACUCACAAUCAUAUUCCAAUGAAGCGUCGACUUCGCGACCAAACGGCCCCCGCGCGAUUCCUGCUUUCAGUAAUGGACCCAUGGUCCCUCCAAAGGUGCCGGCUGCACCUCCCAAGGUUCCCAUUGAAACUUCCAUGGCAAUGCCCAAGCCUCCCAGUCCCACAUACAGCCCAAUCAAUACCACUUCGGCCAGUUUCCAUGCAAACAAUCAUCGACUUUCUGCGGAAGGGGGCCGUCCUCCCACUGAGAGAAAGCAAACUUACUACAAUCAAUCGCAAAAUUCAUCCACCGCCUCUCUGCACCUGCAGAGGACCCGCGACGAGCUUUCUGCUCCCUAUCGACCAACUACACCGAAUGGAAUCAAUUCUGCCAUCCUCCCUAAAAAUAGCUCGAGUGACCUCCCCCAUCAGACGUCGAUUGAUGUUGCCACUCUUCAGGAGUACAUGAAGAGAUACAACGUUCUUCUGAUCGACAUCAGAGAGAGGGCUAUUUUUGAUGAUGGGCAUAUCAUGUCUACUUCGAUUAUAUGUAUAGAACCCAUCUCUCUGAAAGAGGGUGUCUCGGCAGAGGAACUUGAGGAUCGACUUGUGCUGGCGCCGGAUAAUGAACAAUCACAUUUCUCUCGCAGAGAUGAAUUUGACCUGGUUGUUUAUUAUGACCAAUAUACCAGCGACGUUUCCUAUCUCAAGGGUCCCCCCACAAUGACUAGAGCUCCGGCGUUGAGAGCACUGUACGAUACGCUGUACGAAUUCAACGACACGAAGCCUCUGAAGGAUGGUCGACCACCUGCGUUGUUGUCUGGCGGUCUGGAUGCCUGGGUGGACUAUAUGGGAGUCCAAUCACUUGCGCGGUCAAGAACUGCUGCGACGCUGGGUAUCACGCGGCAAAGACCUGCCGGUCCUGGUCGACCUAUCGCACGACAGCGCAUGGUUUCAGCAAAUUCUCGCUACGAGGUCCGGAACAGGCGUCUUCGUGACCACAAAUUUCUGGAUGAGAGCGAGCAAGAGGCGUGGCGUCAGCAGGCUUUGCAGGAAGAAGUGACCCCGAUUGAGAAACACGAUCAUGCAAGCGACGAAGAGUAUUCAGUGGUCGAGGAAGAGCCCGAACCUCCGUCACCAUUCAUCCCCGACUAUGAGACAUUCUUGCGGCGGUUUCCGUCAAUCCAACAGCAAGAGUCUAUGGUCAUGCCUGCUCGACGACCUCUUCCAUCUCAUCCUGCCGCAUACCUUCCUCAAGUUGCACCACCUCCCAUUCCCCAAGUACCGGCAAGGCCUGCUCCCGCAAUUCCGAGACCGAGCUAUUCGGGCCAUGCGGAUAUCAAUGCACCCCAACCGGCACUGGCUAGAGUGACGUCGGCCACGCGACCCCCGCUGUAUUCGACCGUGACAUCCCUUCGCAGAAGGUUGCCCAAGACUGGGCUGACGAAUUUUGGGGUCACUUGUUACAUGAAUUCGACUCUGCAAUGUCUGUCCGCGACUAUUCCCUUGUCCAGCUUUUUCAAUGAUCGACUCUAUGAGGGAUAUGUACAGCGCAACUGGAAAGGCAGCAAUGGCAUCAUGCCUAAGCUCUAUGCCAACCUAAUCCAGGCAGUCUGGCAGGGGGAUAAUGAGGUUAUUAAACCAUCAACAUUUCGAAACUUCUGUGGGCGAAUGAACCGAGAAUGGGUAAUCGACCGACAGCAAGACGCAAAGGAAUUCUUCGACUUCCUUGUCGAUUGCCUCCACGAAGACUUGAACGUCAACUGGGAACGAACGCCACUCCGGCCACUAACGACUGCAGAGGAAAUGCAAAGAGAGAGAAUGGAGAUUGCAAGAGCCAGUCCAAUCGAGUGGAAACGUUACGAGCACCGAGACCAUAGUUACAUGUCUUCCUUAUUUGCCGGUCAACAUGCGUCACGCCUCCGUUGUCUCACCUGCAAACGCACUUCGACCACCUACGAAGCAUUCUACAGCAUCAGCGUGGAAAUCCCUCGAGAUCGUGCGGGCCACAUCUAUGACUGUCUUUCCUCAUACUGCCGGGAGGAAAAACUGUCGGAGCUAUGGCGAUGCCCCUAUUGCAAGUGCGAGCGUGAAGCCACCAAGCAAAUCAUCCUUACUCGCUUACCGCAGUUCCUGGUGAUACAUUUCAAACGCUUCGCCGCGUCAAAGCACGAAAAGGCCAAGAAAAUCCACACGCCCAUUGAAUUCCCAUUGCACAAUCUAUGUAUGGAUGAUUUCGUCAUCCCCAGACCACCUACGCUACCGGAUCAAGAUGGGCGUAUGAGUAUGGAGCUUGCCACAACACCGCCUUAUACGUAUGAUGCAUACGGGGUUCUGAGACACCUAGGCAAUAGUGGGGAUGGAGGACAUUAUAUCUCCAUUGUGAAGGAUCAGGGGCGGGGCGUGUGGAGGAAAUUCGAUGACGAGAGGCAUGUUGAUUUGGACCCGCCGAAAUUAAGCCAAAGAGAUAGGUUGCAGAACGGGGAGGCGUAUAUCGUGUUUUAUCAGAGGGCGCAGGGGCGAUGA